AUGGUUAUUAUUAUUUUAUUUCAAAAUAUAAUUUAUAAGAUAUAAAAAGAUCAAUAUCUUCAAUUCUUUAUGAACAAUCAAUAAGGACCCUUCUCUACCCCUGCAUUUAUCAUAAAACUUUAUGAUAUGCUAGAUGAAUAAGUAUUUUAAUAUGAUUAUAUCAUAAAGAGCACUCCAUAAUUUUAAACAAUAAUUAAGUGGAGUGACGAUGGUGAAUACUUCUUAGUAAUGAAUCCCAAAGAAAUGGAAUCUCAGAUUCUACCAUAAUAUUUCAAACACAAUCACUACUAAUCUUUUUUAAGACAAUUAAAUAUGUAUGAGUUCUAGAAGGCACGUAAUUCAGAGAAUUAUGAAAUAUUUACUCAUCCAAAUUUCAAAAAAGGAAACAAGUAUUAAAUUUAAUAUAUAAAUAGAAAGCAAUUGUCUCAAAUUAAAAGAAACCCAAUUAAAUAGAAUGUUUUACUAAAGAAAGAAAAGAAAAAUGCAAAAGUAGAAUCUACAGAGGCUGAAUUUGAAUAAUAAAUGGAAUAAGAAUUAACAUUCUUAAAGUAAAGAUAACUUUAAUUUGAAAAUGAUUUCAAAGCCAUAAGUGAAUAAAACUAAAUUAUUAUGGAACAACAUAACUCAAUAUGGUCAUAAUUAAGCUUGUCGAGAUAAUCAUUAGAUGCAAAAAUUGAUAGACUUAGCUAUUUGCUUAGUUUCUUUCUAAAAUAAUAAGAUAUAAACAUUAAGGAAAAUAAUGAAUAGGAUUUAUUUAAAGCAAAUGUCAAAACAGAAAUUGAACCUCCACAAUCAUAAACUUAAUAAAUGGAAUCCCUAUCUCCAAUUCUUAGAAUGAUGUAAUCAUAACUCAACUAUUCAUUGAAGAAAAAUUUAUCAACAUUUAGCCCAAAUUAAUGUAUGAUAAUAAAACUAUUAUAUUUAGUAAAUUCUCCACUACCAAUCAGAAGUCAAUAAGAAAAUUAAGACAGUUAAUAUUCGAAUUUAAGCCCUCUGUAUUAGAAGUCAUUUUAGGAUUACAUGUGA